ACAUCAAAUCCUCCGUACAGCUCGUUCGGUGAAAAGGACCCAACAUCAUCACAUACCCUGCAAUAUCAAACAAUAACAGCUAUGCCCGCCUAUCGAGGGACGUCGCUCGAGACUAUCAACAGGGACGGAAGACUGCAGGGGCAUUCGGCCAGCCAUCCUUUGGUGGUACAACCGCUACCCAACCAACAAAUUUGUUCGGAGGCGCACCUGCGCAACCUGCCAGUACAUCCAUGUUCGGUGGUGGCGCCGGCACUGGGACAGGCGCGUUCGGAGCCACAGGAACAACAGGCAAUCCUGGUACUGGCUUUGGAUCUUUCGCACAACCCCAGCCCGCACAACCGUCGACAGCUACCGGCGCGGGAUUAUUUGGGUCAGCCUUUAGUCAGCCUCAACAGCAGCAGCAGCAGCAGCAGCAGCAGCAACAACAACAACAACAACAACAACCUUCAGCCUUCAGUUCGUUCGGGCAGCCGCAGCAGCCACCCGCAACUGGGACUAGCAUCUUUGGUGGCGGUGGUGCAUUUGCGCAGCAAAACAAGCCCGUCACCGGCUUCGGGAGUGGCGGCACCUUUGGGACAACAACAGGAGGCGCGUUCGGUUCUACCCCAACCUUUGGACAGCCAGCCAGCCAGCCCGCUGCAGGCACCGCAGGCAUUUUUGGCCAGCCUCAACAGCAGCAGCAACCCGCAACUGGGAACACAUUCAGUAGUUUUGGUCCAAACACGGCUGCCAAACCAUCGAUUUUCGGUCAGCCUGCUCAAAGUGGCACGACAUCUACCGGCUUUGGCACAUUUGGCAAUCAACAGCAGCAACAGCAGCAACCUCAGACGCAACCUCAGCAGCCACAAACCGGUAGUAUAUUCGGCAACACGGGUGGUAGUAUAUUUGGCCAGCCCCAGCAGCAGCAACCUCAACAGUCUGGGUUAUUUGGACCCACCGCGGCCCAACCUCAAGGUGGCUUAUUUGGAGGUCCGACAACUGGUGGAGGUUUAUUUGGGAAUGUCCAACAAAACCAGCAGCAGGCCCAACAGCCCGCUCAAGCAGGCGGGCUUUUUGGGCCCAAACCAGCCACUGGCGGGGGUCUGUUUGGAAAUACAUUCGGUCAGGCGGGCACGACGGGAACAGCCGGCACGCAACCCCAAACGAAUAUCUUCGGGCAGCCUGCAGGUCAAGCAACGGGCCAGCAAUCAGCAGCUGGGACGAACGCGUUCGGUGCAUCUUUGUUUGGUCCAAAACCCGCUGCACCGGGGCUUGGCACGUCGACAUCAACAGGUGGCACUUCAUUAUUUGGAAAUGGACAAUCAUUGUCUAGUCUAAACGCUUCCACUACUGUUCCUGGAGCACAGGGCACUCUGUACGCCUCCAUUGCCGAACCUCUUUCUCAGAACCUACCAAUCUUCUCGAUGCUCCCUCCUGGCCCGCGUGCCGUAGACCUCGACCAGCAACCCAAAAAGAAACCCGGCUUUUUCGUCGAUGUCCCUACACGCUCGCCUGUCCCGUAUCUGCAGCUCGGUUAUACCCCCGCUAACUCGAAGCUGCGUGGCUUUGCGACAUCGACGUCGGGGAGCGCGCUUGGGUCCAGCACAAGUCCCUUCGCAACUUCACUGACGAAUGGGAAGUCCAAUGCGUUGGCACUUAGUCGCCUCGAUGGGAAGGGUCCUGAUGGAUUGUUGGGGCGAAGCUCUACUCCAUCUCUAGGAAGUGGUGGGCGUCAAAGCGUGAAGAAACUGAUACUGGACAAGAAAGUUGAGGCUGCAGACCUCUUCAGUCAAUCUGGUUCGCGUGCCAGUCCCAACAAAGUGACGUUCAGUCCUGCCCUCAGCCAGGCUGCACGCGAGAAGGAAGUUGCGAGAGAGAAAGAAGCUGCCGCCAGUGCAACAUCUGCCGCUCCUCAAGUGGAGACUCCAACGCCUAUUGUUCGCAAAGUUCCGGGUCGGUUCUCUGCACAGAGCACCAUUAACGUGUUGGGCUCCCAACCAACUUCACCUGCAAAAGAGCCUCCAGCGCCCGCAGCAUUGCAGCAUGGUAGUUACUGGGUGAAACCCGCCCUACCGACCCUCAUCAACCUCGGUUACGAAGACCUAGUGGCAUUCAAAGACCUUGUCGUUGGGCGCGUCGGCUAUGGCGAGAUCCAAUUCCUGGAGCCAGUGGACCUCACUAAUCUUACAAGACUUGGCGCUCUCUUAGGCGAGAUCGUCAAGUUCGACGAUAAGGAGUGCAGCGUUUAUCCGGACACUGAUGAUGCAGACAAGCCUACACCGGGCUCAGGGCUCAAUGUUCGCGCGCGUAUCGUCCUUGUCCGAUGCUGGGCGACGGAUAAGGCGACUCGUGAACCCAUCAAGGAUGAGAAAGAUCCUGGUGCAGUCAAGCACCUGAAGCGGCUGAAGACGAUCAAGGACACCCACUUCGAGGGCUUUGACAUUCGGGAGGGAAAAUGGACAUUCAGUGUGGAUCAUUUCUGAGCGUGGCUUUCGUGUCUCAUGAGGUGUUGGUUCUCCGUUGGCAUACCUGUGCAGUGCAGUAGCAUUCCUUUUCCAUAUCUCAAGUGUUCUCUACGCCAAAAUUGCUGUCAUUAGUUUAGGUGUAGUCAGGAAUACUUUGUACGCAAGUAGAUAGCUUUGAAUAAUAACAAACAACAGAAGCAGACGAUGAUGAUGUCAUUUUGCG